CGGCGGUAGCGGCAGAGCCGCCUCCAUCCAUGGCCCGAAGCCGCGGCGGCUGGAGCCGGGCGCGAUCCGCUAGGUCCCAGCCCAGCCCCGCGAGCAGGCGAGGCGCAGGGGCCGGGUCGAGGCCGCCCGGGAGCGCCGCGCCGAGGCUGGGGCCGUCCGCCCCGCGCUGACACCGCGCCGCGCCCUCCCCGCGGGGCGGCCGGACAUGCCCCCGGGGCGCGGCGACGGGGACUCCCGGGCUCGUCCCCGCCCAGGGUCCCCCGGCCCGCGCUGAGCGCGCGGCGCACGCCAGGCUCCUCGCGCUGUGCGCCCCCGCGGGCGAUGGGUUGAUGGGCACCGGGGAACGCAGGAUGCGGGAGGCGCCCGCGCGCCUGCUGCUGCCGCUGCUGCCCUGGCUGCUGCUCCUGGCGCCUGAGACGCGGAGCGCGCCUGGCUGCCCCGUGCCCAUCCGCAGCUGCAAGUGCUCGGGGGAGCGGCCUAAGGGGCUCGGCGGCGGUGCCCCGAACCCGGCGCGCAGGAGAGUGGUGUGCGGUGGCGGGGACCUCCCGGAGCCUCCGGAGCCCGGCCUCCUCCCGAACGGCACCGUCACGCUCCUCCUGAGCAACAACAAGAUCGCCGCGCUGCGCAACGGCUCCUUCCUGGGACUGGCGCUGCUGGAGAAGCUGGACCUGAGGAACAACGUGAUCAGCGUGGUGCAGCCCGGAGCCUUCCUGGGCCUGGGGGAACUGAAGCGCUUAGAUCUCUCAAACAACCGGAUUGGCUGCCUCACUUCUGACACCUUCCGAGGCCUCCCCAGGCUUGUCAGGCUGAACAUAUCUGGAAACAUCUUCUCCAGCCUGCAACCUGGGGUCUUUGAUGAGCUGUCAGCCUUGAAGGUUGUGGACUUUGGCACUGAGUUCCUGACCUGUGACUGCCAUCUGGGCUGGCUGCUGCCCUGGGCCCGGAAUCACUCCCUGCAGCUGUCUGAGCGCACGCUGUGUGCCUAUCCCGGUGCCCUGCAUGGCCGGACUCUGGGCAGCCUGCAGGAGAAUCAGCUCCGCUGCGAGGGGGCCCUGGAGCUGCACACCCACCACCUCAUCCCCUCCCUGCGCCAAGUGGUGUUCCAGGGCGACCGGCUACCCUUCCAGUGCUCAGCCAGCUAUCUGGGCAACGACACCCACAUCCGCUGGUACCACAAUCGGGCCCCAGUGGAGGGAGAUGAGCAGGCAGGCAUCCUCCUGGCCGAGAGCCUCAUCCAUGACUGUACCUUCAUCACCAGCGAGCUGACCCUGUCUCACAUCGGCGUGUGGGCCUCAGGCGAGUGGGAAUGCUCCGUGUCCACGAUCCAGGGCAAUGCCAGCAAGAAGGUGGAGAUCGUGGUGCUGGAGACCUCUGCCUCCUACUGCCCUGCCGAGCGCGUAGCCAACAACCGAGGCGAUUUCAGGUGGCCUCGAACUCUGGCUGGCAUCACAGCCUACCAGCCCUGCCUACAGUAUCCCUUUACCUCAGUGCCCCUGAGUGGAGGCGCCCCAGGCACCCGAGCCUCCCGCCGCUGUGACCGGGCUGGCCGCUGGGAGCCGGGGGACUACUCCCACUGCCUGUACACCAACGACAUCACCAGGGUGCUGUAUACUUUCGUGCUGAUGCCCAUCAAUGCUUCGAACGCGCUGACCCUGGCCCAUCAGCUGCGCGUGUACACGGCCGAGGCAGCCAGCUUCUCAGACAUGAUGGAUGUCGUCUACGUGGCUCAGAUGAUCCAGAAAUUUUUGGGUUAUGUUGACCAAAUCAAAGAGUUGGUGGAGGUGAUGGUGGACAUGGCCAGCAACCUGAUGCUGGUGGACGAGCACCUGCUGUGGCUGGCCCAGCGCGAGGACAAGGCCUGCAGUGGCAUUUUGGGUGCCCUGGAGCGCAUUGGGGGAUCUGUCCUCAGCCCCCAUGCCCAGCACAUCUCUGUGAACUCUAGGAACGUGGCGCUGGAGGCCUACCUCGUCAAGCCCCACAGCUACGUGGGUCUGACCUGUACAGCCUUCCAGAGACAAGAGCUAGGGGUGGCUGGGCCCCACCUGGGCGGCCCCGGCCACAACACCCUGCCUGAGCCUGAGCCCCUGGCUGACCAGCACCUCCGCUUCCGUUGCACCACCGGGAGACCCAAUGUUUCUCUGUCAUCCUUCCACAUCAAGAACAGCGUGGCCCUGGCCGCCAUCCAGCUGCCCCCCAGCCUCUUCUCAUCCCUUCCGGCUUCCUUGACUCCCUUGGGCCCCCCAGACUGCACCCUGCAACUGCUGGUCUUUCGAAAUGGUCGCCUCUUCCGCAGCCACGGCAACACCUCCCGGUCUGGAACUGCCCGGCCUGGCAAGUGGCGUGGAGUGGCCACCCCGGUCAUCUUUGCAGGCACCAGUGGCUGCGGCGUGGGGAACCUGACCGAGCCAGUGGCUGUGUCGCUUCGACACUGGGCCGAGGGGGCUGAUCCCACGGCAGCCUGGUGGAGCCAGGAGGGGUCUGGGGGCUGGAGCUCGGAAGGCUGCCAACUGCGCUCCAGCCAGCCCAACGUCAGCUCCCUGCACUGCCAGCACCUGGGCAGCGUGGCUGUGCUCAUGGAGCUGAGUGCCUUCCCCAAGGAGCCGGGGGGCUCUGGGGCCGGGCUGCACCCUGUCGUGUACCCCUGCACGGCCCUGCUGCUGCUCUGCCUGCUCUCUACCAUCAUUACCUACAUCCUCAACCGCAGCUCCAUCCACGUGUCCCAGAAGGGGUGGCACAUGCUGCUGAACCUAUGCUUCCACGUGGCCAUGACCUCUGCCGUCUUUGCAGGAGGCAUUAUGCUCACCAACUACCAGAUGGUCUGCCAGGCAGUGGGCAUCACUCUGCACUACUCUUCACUGUCCACACUGCUCUGGAUGGGGGUGAAGGCACGAGUCCUGCACAAGGAGCUCACCUGGAGGGUGCCCCCUCCACAAGAAGGUGACCCUCUGCCACCUGCUCCCCAGCCCAUGCUCCGAUUCUAUCUGAUUGCUGGAGGGAUCCCGCUCAUAAUCUGUGGCAUCACAGCUGCGGUCAACAUCCACAACUACCAGGACCACAGUCCCUACUGCUGGCUGGUGUGGCGUCCCAGCCUCGGGGCCUUUUACAUCCCCGUGGCUUUGAUUCUGCUGAUCACCUGGAUCUACUUCCUGUGUGCAGGACUGCACUUACGUGGUCCGCUGGCAAAGAGCUCGAAGGGCAGCGGCAGCAGGAUCUCCCUAGAGCCAGGGGAGGAGCCGAGGGCUUCCACCAGGCUCAGGAGCAGCGGUGCCCUCCUGAGUGACUCAGGUUCCCUGCUGCCAACUGGGAGCACAGGGGUGGCGACCCUGGGGUCCCCUGAGGACAGGGACGGCCUCUAUUCCCCGGGGGUCCAGCUGGGGGCGCUGAUGACCACGCACUUCCUGUACCUGGCCAUGUGGGCCUGCGGGGCCCUGGCUGUGUCGCAGCGCUGGCUGCCCCGGGUGGUGUGUAGCUGUCUCUACGGAGUGGCAGCCUCGGCCCUGGGCCUCUUCGUCUUCACGCAUCACUGUGCCAGGCGCCGGGACGUGAGGGCUUCCUGGCGCGGGUGCUGCCCCCCGGCCUCGCCCGCGGCUCCCCACUCCCCGACCCGCGCGGUGCCCACCUCUCUCGAGGAUGGCGCCUUCGUGGUGGUUGAGGGGCCAGCGUCCCUCCAGUCCUCCCCGGGCGGCAGCAGCGGGCCUUGCAAGCUCACCAACCUGCAGCUGGCCCAGAGUCAGGGGUGCGAGGUGGGGAUGGCCCGAGGGGAGGGGGACCCGGAGUUCACGGGUCCCCGUGCGGGUCUGGCUCCGCGCCACCCCAACAACUUGCACCACGGGCGCCGCGCGCACCGGAGCCGGACCAAGACGCCCCGUGCAGGGGAAGCGGCGGGCAGGAGCCGGCUGAGGGCAGUGCGCGCGGGCGCGGUGUCCGGGGCGCCGGAGCUGCCUUCCAGCGAGAGCAGCAGCCUGCGCUGCAGCCCGAGUGAUGGCCACCCGCCUGAGGGCGAGGCCACGCUCACGCCAUCUGAGGGCAGCGACACCAGUGCCGCGCCGCAUUCCGAGGCCGGGCAGCCCAGCCAGCGCCGCUGCGACCUCAGGGGCAGUGGCUCGCUGGAGAAGGAGGGCAAGCGGCGCUCGUACCCACUCAACGCCGCCAGCCUGAACGGCGUGCCCAAGGGCGGCAGGUGCGACGAGGGCACAGAGGCGGGCGGCGGCUGCAUGAAGAGCGGCCUCUGGAAGAGCGAGACCACCGUCUAGGGCGCCCACAGCCCAGCCGUUACUGAGCUCUGGCAGUCAGCGGGCGGGGCUGCCGGAGGCCGGGAAGCUGUCUGCCUCACGCUCGCCUGGAGGGAAACGCGCGACACGCUUCCAUCUAGCUGAGGCCAGGUUAAGCCCUGGCCAGGCAGGCCACAAGCCUGAAUGGGGCGCACAGUGCCACCCGGGGAGAUGAUGGGAGCUGGGACCCCGCAGCCCUCUCCUGACUGCCAGGCCCAGGCGGCACUCCCUGCGCUGCUCUGCCAGUUAACUGUAAGCGGGGACACGGGCGGUGAGGGGCAGCUGUGCGGAGCCAGGCCUGGAGGAGCCAGACAGGCGGGGAUGACAUGCAGUGUGAGGCCACCCCAUUUCCAUGACUACCCAAGCAGGCCUUUGAGGCAGCAUCCCAGAAGACACCCGGGCGCCCACCUGCAAAGCUGACCGCCAGGUGGCCACUGACUGGGGGAGGCCUAGGCGCCCACACUUGGAUUGGGUGGGAACACGUGAACUGCGCCCUGCUGACGGCUGCCCUUGGCGUCCGGGUAGUGUUUGGAGAAGGCUUCUGCGCAGUUACAAAGCCGUCUCCGCUCCCACGCGGAGGUGAGGGAAGAACACCUCCUAGCCUCUGUGAGGCCACAGGGAAGAAGCACCCCAGUACUGCAGUCUCUAACUCCACGUAGGGAGCUACUGGCCAAGAGGUCAGAAGAGCUUCCUGACUCGCAGAAGCCUGAGCCAAGCCCGCGGCUCUCGGGUCUGUGCCUUCGCUACCUUGAACACCAGCACCCUACCUUUCCCAGCCUGAACCGCAAACACUAGCCUCACCCCAGGACCAAAUGCAAGUGUGGGGAGCCCUGGGCCCCCUCAGUCUUCAUGUCGCCCUGGCCUAAUCGCCACGUGGAAAGGGCACAGGGAGGGGACACUUAGGCUCCUCAUGAUAGGUCCUGUUAUUUAUGCUUGCUGCACAGACAAUAUUAGGGGGGGAAAGCUUUGUAUUACUCUUCCACACACGCUGGCUGCUGUUUACGUACCUGCCAAUGCCUUAGCACUGGAGAGCUUUUUGCAAUACGCUGGGGAGAGGGAGGGAGGGAAUGAAAAGUGCCAAAGAAAACAUGUAUUUAAGAGCUCGGGUUUUAUACAAUAGAAUGUUUCUAGCAGAUGUCUCUUGUUUUAAUAUAUUAAAAUAUUGCAAAGCCCAUUGAGCUAUA